GCUACAAUGAGCAGCUUCUUUGACUACUCAGCGAUGAGCGGUGAAGGUGGCUCAUGCUCUGUCAGGGGUUUCCACUCGGACCACGGGAUUACAACUUUCCAGUCCUGCGCGGUUACUGUCAACAACUGCGGUGCGGAUGACCGCUUUAUGGGGAGCAGGGCUUCCCCUGACGGCAUCCCUCACCAGCCGGCUUCAUUCCAAUCUACCGCGAGCUCCCUGGGUCUCUAUGGAGCCCAUCCGGCCUGCACCUCCAACUAUGGACCACAAAGUUUCUGUGCUACGUAUAACCAUUACGCGCUCAACCAGGAAGUAGAAUCCACCGCGGGAUUCCCCCAGUGCGGCCCACUGAUGUACUCGGGUAACAUUUCCUCCUCCAUGGUCUCUCAGCAUCGCCAAGGUUACAGUGCCGCCCCCCUGGGUCAAGUGCAGUAUGCCCAUGCUGCCUAUGGCGGCGGGCACGAGCAAGCAGCCCCUUUUCCUGGGUGCUCAAACCCGCUGUCACCACUGCACGCAGCUCACCUGGAAGCUUGUUGUUCACCUCUGUCUGAGGGUGCAUCUUCUGCACAGACCUUCGACUGGAUGAAAGUCAAGAGGAACCCACCAAAAACAGGCAGGUCUGGGGAGUACGGGUAUGGGGGUCAGCAGAACACGGUCCGGACCAACUUCACAACCAAGCAGCUGACGGAGUUGGAAAAGGAGUUCCACUUUAACAAGUACCUGACCCGUGCGCGGCGCGUUGAGAUCGCGGCCGCGCUGCAGCUGAAUGAGACUCAGGUGAAAAUCUGGUUCCAGAACCGGAGGAUGAAGCAGAAGAAGAGGGAGAAAGAAGGUCUGCUGCCGGCCAAAGCUUCAUCUUCAGACCCGGGAGAGAGCAGUCAAGAGAAAAUGGACGAUGCAGCAUCAGAGAAGUCUAUCUCAGCUCCCUCUACUCCGUCUCCCACAUCAUCCACGGUGUCUGAUCCUUACUCCUCCAACUAAAAAACAACAACUGCCUCCUGACCUCUUUGGGCCACAGGCGGCCUGUAUAUAUCAAAGCUUGUACCCAGUGUAUCAAAGCCAAAGUCUUGGUUGGUGGAUGACAUAUGUGGACAUUUAGGAUGAAUUAAUGCACUAUUUGGGACUUUGGACAAUCAUGUGGACCAUUUCUGAGUUAACGAGUUGUUUUAUAUUGUGUAUUGUGUUCGAAAGAAAGAUAACAUUGCUGUCAAGACAACUGUAGGUCGAUGGUUUAAAAUGUGUCCACUUUCUUUAGAAAAUGACGUUAAUUACGCGUUGCGCCACGACUAUGAUGGUGCAAAAUAUAUCCAGUUCCUUCCUUGCACAUGCUCCUGACCAGUGCUGCUGAGUGUGCAAAUGUAAUGUCACAAAGCUACGCACACAAACAUAUACCUCAAAUAUGCCAAAGUUGUGCGUAUUGUUCCACGGCCAGGGUGAUUGCACUGGAUGUCGUAAAUUAGGCAGCCCACAAUCAACGAGAUGACCUCGUUUAUUAAUCGUUAUAGAGUACAUUGUUAUAGUACCUUCUUAAUCACUGUCACCUCUGUGUUCGAGGCCUGUGUGUUUGUGUGUCACUCACGACUGUCUGAAUGUCUAUUGUGUGAGAUUUGCAUGAUGCGUAAUGCUGGGGCGCUGAGUUUUAUCAGUUGGGGAACAGGUCAUGUAAGGCUAUGUAUGUCCCAGGCUUUUAUCUGUUUAUCUAUUUAAUCCAGUUGAGCGCAUACAAAAUGUUUUGUCCAGAGAUACGUUUACGGGUCAAUCAUGUGUAUUAAAGUGGGUAUACCUCUUAAAAAAUAUUCAUCUGUGUCAUUGCUGAGGGGACGUCUUGGGAGAGACAGAAAUUGACACUUUACUGAGGAUUUUAUAGCACAUUUUUCAUCUAAAUCCGCCCAUCAGACCUUUAUUCUAAGCUCUACAGACAAGGACAGCUCUGUCCAGUUUCCCAUCGUUUGAAAAGCUGCACGUGUCUCUUUUACGCACAGCAGAUUCCCUCAAUGUAUGCGUAUGUGCGCGCUCCCGUCCCUGGGGUGAAGAGUUAUUGGCAUUAUAAAGGCAUGUUUAUCCACGGAGGAGAUGAGAGCGCAGACGUCAGCGUCAUUUGUGAU